AUGUUUCUUCCUCCGGGACUGGACCAGCAUACAUAUGCAAUAUAUGUCAACGGCAAUUUACUCGCAAUCUCCUGCGAUGCGUGCCGCGCUAACAAAACCAAAUGCUCCGGUGGGCCGCCGUGCUCGCUAUGUAGACGACGAGGUAUUGACUGUACUCUUCGAAACUGUCUCCGUCAAUCAAGAGGAGUACCGACAAGCGAUGGGUCUGCAGCUGCGAAUGCUUCCGUUAGCGAGGAUGAUGACGACGUUGAUAUAUCAACGUCGCCUACAUGCUUGCGGCCAGAGAACUUCCCAGCGGAACACGUAUUGCAUCCGGAAGGGGAACAUCUUCCGCCAAAUCUUGAAUUUCUCAAAAAUGUCACUGUUGUCUCGUCCGAGCCGCGCACAACUGGCGAAUUUCGGCCCCUAAGCCGUGGAAUGGAAGGUAUAUACGAACUCCUGGUAGCCGAAAAGCCUUCGUUAGAAGGGGCUAUGGAAGGAUCGGAUGGAUUACAAGAAUUCGUGACCAAGUAUCUUGAGACAUAUUUCAAAAGAUUCCACCUCCGGUGGCCUACCCUUCACGCGCCAGUAUUCAGCCUGGAUAUAAGUACUAUGCCCUUGCACCUUUCUGCAUCGAUUGAUCCCGAAUUGAUCCCCGAAGGUCAGGCAUGGCCAAUCGAACUUUUUCAGGCAGUUAUAUUGACCCUGAUCUUCUCACUCUAUCGCACCGAUAAAACCGCUUUGUCCAGAGCUAUGCUUCUUCGAAGCACAUUCAUAACCUUUCUCCGAGAGCUCGGGGCCUUCGACGCCGAAAUACUGGCAAGCCAUUUAAAAACUCACUAUAGCGGCACAUUUGCUCCUUACACGUUAAGUAUGCGCGAACAUCUCACACGAUUGCUUGCGUUGACCUAUCAGUUCGACGUUUACUUCGCUCUUGCCCACGAAAAGCCACCCAUACUUCACCGUCAAGAAGUUGAUGUAGGUCUCCCAAAUACUUUUGCGCUGUGGAACUCAUAUGGCAUUGAUGUAUUUGAUGCACGACAGCCAGAGGAACCACUUGGACGAAUAGAAUUUCGAAUAUCUGAGAUGACAAACCGCCCGGACUCAUUUACAAGCUCGCAACUCCUUGUGGAAGACGUACAACUGGGAUUAUGUGGCCUCUUGCAGGCGAUAUGGGUCUUUAGGCAGUCUUCUUCCUCAUCCAAAACGGAAAGACACCCCAGUAGCGCUUUGCAAAAUGCACUACUCAUCGAGAUUCUCGACGACUGGAAAUUGGAGCUAGAUAAAAUCAACAAGCUGGCUAACGCAAGGAGCAUGACCAGUAAUGCUACCAGAACUCUGUUGCUGGCGUAUCGCGGAGCAGAUAGUUCUGUAGCGGCAUCAUUAGAGAAAAUCAACACCCUUGUACAAGACGGGAUGAUUCUGUACUAUUACUUGAAAAUGUACCACAAUGCCGGCUUGGUGAAGACACAAACCGAGGAACCCCAUACGGAUGAGACUUUGUGGACCCUCAAUAAAUACGGAAGAAAAGCUCUAGUGUGUGCGCUGCAAAUACUCAAAUUGGUGGAAUCGAUUGGGGCGUGGAAGGCGUGCCUCAAUCCACUUAUUCGGCAUGCGCUCGCCAUGGGUCUCAAUGUGACGAAAACAGCGUUGGUUUCAGGCCAGAAACGCGAAUGCGAGUGCCUCACUAACGAUGGCCAGCACGCUGAUGUAAAUCUUCAACAGUGGACCGAGAUUGGUGGGCCUAUUUGGAUUGAUGGCACACCAGUAUGUCUUUGCACGUUGAACUUUUGGACCAAGAGUUUUGAGGAAGCAAUGCAGGAUCUAAAUAUCAUGGAGGGAUGA